AUGGCCGACAAGAAACAGUCAGACGGUGCGGCAUCGUCAGGCGCGGGAGCCGGCCCAGGCGCGGGAGCAGGACCAGGCGUUAACGCCGUCAAUCCUCCCAUCACCAUGGCCGAGUAUAAGAAGUCGCAGCAGCGUGUUCGGGAGCUGGUUGAGAAGCGUAGGAUGCUAGAACGAAGACUUGUUUGUCCUCCCCCCUCUCUGGUCCUCCCUCCGGCCGCUCUUGGCCAAAUUGAAGAUAGCAUCGCAGCAAAGGAGACGUCGUACCUCGAGAGCACGCCGAGCGGCAACAUCAUUACAGGAUUUGACAGUUACAUGAAGGGCCAGAGCGGGGCGGCAGCGCAGAGGCGCAAGGCUGGACCGGUGGAGCUGAACCGCGUGUUUACCAAGUCGUCGCUGUCGUACAAGGCUAAUAACGGGGAUGCAACGCCAGGAUCGACUCCGGCCUCGCACGCACCAACACCUGGAUCUGCAUCGUUUAGGGAGACUGGCACCGCUACCCCGACGGGCGCUGGGAGCAAGAAGAGCGGUAAGAAGAAACAGGAAGCUGCGGCGGCGGAUGAUGAGGCCGAGGGGAAUGGGCAGGGGAACAAGAAGAGGACCUACUUUGGGGCGUCGCGGAAGUGA